UACCCUAAAAUCACGACUAUAAGACGUUCUUAUACGAAAAAAAAGUUGAAAAAUAGUCAUACAUCAUACAGUAAUUUAGUUAAUUGGUGCGGGUUAUAGCCGUUAUAUUACUUUAUGGGAAAAAAUAUCUAUAGUCACGAUUUUAGGGUAGAUAGACACACAUAUGUAUAAAUACAACAUAGAUAAUCGAAUAGGACGAAUCUAUCGAUUGUUUGUUUGUUUGAAUGUACCGUUUUCAAAUAAAAAUAUUUCUUCAACAUCGUGAAGCACACCCACAUGCACAUAAAACAAUACAGAAAUACAAACAAACACCCAUUCAUUUGCUAACCUCAUGCAAUAAUUUCACCACAUUUGUAUGCGUAAAUUCAACAACGCAUUUAAAUACACACAUACCAUCACAAUAUAAACAACAACACAUAAUUUUUUUUUGCUUUAUUUUUUCACUUUUAUUUGUAUAAAUUUUGAUGAUUUCUUUAAUUAUUGGAUCUUAUACAUGCAAAAAACAUCCUUUUGGAUGACUCACCAUAAACAAAGUAUUAUUAUUAUUGUUGUGACAAUUAGAAUCCGGAAUUGAUACUUUUUAGAUUUUCGGACCAUCAUUGGCCUCAUUAUUUUUUUCUGUUAAUGAUGAUGAUUGAUGAUGAUGUUAAGUUUAUUUCAUUUAAAAUGUCAAGUUUAUCUGAUGUAACGUACUAUGUGAAUGUAUUAUUGUGAGCAAGUUUUUUUUAUGAAAUCAAUUGUUAUUGUCUUUCUGUUGUUGAAUGAUGAUGUUGUAUUCUGAAUUGAUUCAUUAAAAAUAAUUAAAACGAUUAUUUUCAAUUCUUAAAAUAUCAACAUUUUCAUUAUUGAACACACCAUGACCACUUUGCAGAAAGCGAUUGAUCUGGUGACCCAAGCAACAGAAGAAGAUAAAGCCAAGAAUUAUGAAGAAGCACUUCGAUUAUACAAACAUGCAUGUGAAUAUUUUAUGCAUGCAAUUAAAUAUGAAGCUCAAACAGAUAAAGCCAAAGAUAGUAUUCGACAAAAAGUUUUCCAAUACAUUGAACGUGCAGAAAAAUUGAAUGAUUAUAUUAAAAAAAUAAAAAUCGAAAAUAAACCUGUCAAAGAUAAUCCAACAAAUGGUACAAAAACCAAAGAUGACUCAGAUGAAGAUGAUGAUAAAGAAGAGGAUAAGGAGAAGAAAAAAUUGAUGGCUCAAUUGGAAGGCGCAAUGGUCAUUGAAAAACCAAACAUACGAUGGGAUGAUGUUGCUGGCUUAAAGAUGGCUAAAGAAGCAUUAAAAGAGGCUGUGAUAUUGCCAAUUAGAUUUCCUAAUCUAUUCACUGGUAAACGUAAACCAUGGAAAGGCAUCCUAUUGUUUGGACCACCUGGUACUGGUAAAUCUUAUCUGGCUAAAGCUGUCGCCACUGAAGCUAGCAAUUCGACUUUCAUUUCGGUUUCCUCCUCAAAUCUUGUAUCAAAAUGGCUUGGUGAAUCGGAAAAAUUGGUCAAAAAUCUUUUUGAAUUAGCCCGUGAAAAUAAACCUAGUAUUAUUUUCAUCGAUGAAAUUGAUUCAUUAUGUUCAUCACGUUCUGACAAUGAAUCUGAAUCUGCACGUCGUAUAAAAACCGAAUUCCUUAUUCAAAUGCAAGGUGUCGGUAAAGACAUGGAAAAUAUAUUGGUAUUGGGAGCCACUAAUAUACCAUGGGUUCUUGAUUCGGCCAUUCGAAGACGUUUCGAAAAACGUAUCUAUAUACCAUUGCCCGAUGAAGAGGCACGAUACGUUAUGUUAAAGAUGAAUAUUGGAGAUACUCCUAAUUCAUUGUCCGAACAAGACCUAAGAGCAUUAGCUGAUCGUACUGAAAGGUUUUCAGGUGCCGAUAUUUCUGUUCUUGUUCGUGAUGCCUUGAUGCAACCUGUUCGUAAAGUCCAAAGCGCCACUCAUUUUAAAAGAUGUCGAGGACCUAACCCUAGGAAUCCAAACGAAAUUGUCAACGACCUUCUAACACCGUGCCUACCGGAAGAAUCUGGUGCUAUAAAAAUGUCAUGGACUGAUGUAGCCAGCGAUAAAUUGUUGGAACCACUUGUAUCAAUGUCUGACAUGUUGAAAUCAUUGGCUAAUGCUAAACCAACGGUAAAUGAAGCAGAUCUUGAUAAAUUACAAGAUUUUAUGCAAGAUUUCGGUCAAGAAGGUUGAUUAAUUAAUCCCAUGUUUUAGUCGAUAAUAAAAUUUUAUUGAUUUAUUUUUUAAUGAAAAAAAAUCGAAAAAACUUA